GUUACGUCAGUGAUGUUUUUUUACUCCUUCUCUUGCUAGCGGAGCAGCCGUUUGUCCUCCAUGACACUUUUUUAGCCAGAGCGAACAACAAACAUUUUCCGUCUUGGCAAACUCCUCCGUCAAACUUCCCGCAGAAGCCGCCACGUCCACGCGCGCGUGCCGCCCCCACCCCUCCUCUCCACGACCAGGACGACACGCACGCGAGCGGCCGCGGUGGGCGCGCACACGAGCGUGGGGGCCGCGCACGGGAGGUCGCUGCCGCCAGGAGCGCGAGGACAGAGAUGUAGUGUGUGUGGAGCAUCAUGCACUUUCUCCUCCCGCUGCUGCUGAUCCUUCACGCCACAGCAGCCCUCGCACAGAUUGAUCCAGCACACUGUCGCUAUGCCUUGGGCAUGGAGGACGGGCGGAUCAAGGAUGAUGACAUCACAGCUUCCAGCCAAUGGCACGAGACCACAGGAGCCCAGUACGCCAGGUUGAACCGUGAGGACGGCGAUGGCGCCUGGUGUCCCGAAGGCCAGCUGGAAGCUUCCGACUCUCAGUUCCUGCAGGUGGACCUGCGGCGUCUCACCUUCCUGACGGUGGUGGCCACUCAGGGUCGGUAUGCCAGGAACGGCAUCGAGUUCGCCCGUGCCUACAGCCUCAACUACAGCAGGGACGGCGUCAUCUGGAAGUCGUGGAGGGACCGCCUGGGAAACAUGGUGAUGGAGGGAAACAAGAACGCUUAUGAGCCCAUCAUCAACGACCUCCACCCCCCCGUGGUGACACGCUGGGUGCGCCUCAUCCCGCUGACGGAGCUGUCCACCGUUUGCAUGAGGGCGGAGCUAUACGGCUGCCCUUGGGAGGAUGGUCUGAUCUCGUACAGCGCCCCUGAGGGUCAGCUGAUGACAGCGCCGGGCUUUCCCGUUGUCAGCCUCAAUGACUCCACCUACGACGGCGCCCACGAGAGGAGGCGGUUGUUUGGCGGCCUUGGCCAGCUGACGGACGGCGUGACGGGCCUCGAUGACUUCCUGGUGACGCGUCAGUACCACGUGUGGCCCGGCUACGACUACCUGGGCUGGAGGAACGACUCGCUGGGAGGCGCGGGACACGUGGAGAUGGAGUUUGUCUUUGACAGGCAGAGGAACUUCACCUCCAUGAAGGUUCACAGCAACAACAUGUUCGCGCGAGGCGUCAAGAUAUUCUCCUCUGUCUCCUGCUGGUUUAAGACCCGCCUCGUCGCCGACUGGGAGGCGGAGCCUGCGGUCUUCAACACGGUGCUGGACGACCGCAACCCGAGCUCCCGCUACGUCACCGUGCCGCUCGAUCGCCGCGCCGCCAUGUCCCUGCGAUGCCGCUUUGACUUUGCUGACAUGUGGAUGAUGUUCAGCGAGAUCUCCUUCCAGUCGGACUCCAUGUUGGCGGUGACGCCGCCCUCAGACAGUGAUGGCAGCACGGUGACAGCCACGCCAGCCACCAAUCCGUCCGCCAGCGAUGCCCCCGACGACGGCAAGACGCCCGUUCUGAUUGGCUGCCUCGUGACCAUCAUCCUGCUCCUGGUCAUCAUCAUCUUCCUCAUCCUAUGGUGUCAGUACGUGUGCAAGGUUCUGGAGAAGGCGCCACGCAGGAUCCUCGGCGAGGAGGUGAGGGUCCGACUUUCGUCCUGCAGUGACACCAUCAUCCUGCAGACCCCCCCUGUGCCCCCCCGCUCUGGACACGCCCCUGCAGGAACGUUCAACAGCAGUGUGUUCCCCCCCCCCCCAGGCCCCGCCCAAACGGACCCUCACUACGAGAGGGUGUUCCUGUUGGACCCUCAGUACCAGAACCCAGCAGCGCUGAGAAACAAACUACCAGAACUUUCCCAGAGUGCAGAAGCAUCAGCGUGCGGGGGGGGCUACGCCGAGCCCGACAUCACCCAGUGCACGCCGCACCAGUGUUUCCAUAGCAACGCCCCCCACUACGCGGAGACGGACAUCGUGCGGCUGCAGGGCGUGACGGGCAGCAACAUGUACGCCGUGCCCGCCCUCACCGUGGACUCGCUCACCAGGAAGGACAUCUCCGCCUCCGAGUUCCCACGCCAGCAGCUGAUCUUCAGGGAGAAGCUGGGGGAGGGGCAGUUUGGGGAGGUGCACCUGUGUGAGGCCGAGGGGCUGACAGAGUUUCUGGGGGAGGGAUCGCCCCUCCCGGACAGAGACGGGCGCGCCGUGCUGGUGGCGGUCAAGCAGCUGCGGGCGGACGCCACGAGCCAGGCCAGGAACGACUUCCUGAAGGAGAUCAAGAUCAUGUCCCGCCUCAACGACCCCAACAUCAUCAGGCUGCUGUGCGUGUGCGUCACCUCCGACCCCCUGUGCAUGGUGACCGAGUACAUGGAGAACGGCGACCUCAACAUGUUCCUGUCGCAGCGCGAGAUGGAGAGCACGCUCACGCACGCCAACAACAUCCCCUCCGUCAGCCUGUCGGACCUCCUCCACAUGUCGGUGCAGAUCUCGUCGGGGAUGAAGUACCUGGCCUCGCUGAACUUUGUGCACAGAGACCUGGCCACCAGGAACUGCCUGCUGGACCGCCGCCUCACCAUCAAAAUCGCCGACUUCGGGAUGAGCCGGAACCUCUACAGCAGCGACUACUACCGCAUCCAAGGGCGCGCCGUGCUGCCCAUCAGGUGGAUGGCCUGGGAGAGCAUCUUGCUGGGAAAGUUCACCACGGCCAGCGACGUCUGGGCCUUUGGGGUCACCUUGUGGGAGAUCUUCACGCUGUGCAAGGAGCAGCCCUACAGCCUGCUGACUGACGAACAGGUCAUAGCCAACACUGGCGAGUUCUUCAGGAACCAGGGCAGACAGGUUUUUCUGUAUGCUCCUCCGCUGUGCCCCCCCUCCCUCUUUGAGCUGAUGAUGCGUUGCUGGAGGCGGGACAUCCCUGACCGGCCCACGUUUGAGGGUCUGUACCAAGCCCUCAGGCCUCAUGUCAACCAGUGAGACCCACAAGGACGGUCCAGCCUGUCCUGCCUUGUGUGUGUGUGUGUGUGUGUGUGUGUGUGUGUGUGUGUGUGUUUCUCUGUCCUCAGGAGGACUGGUCGUCCACUCUGUGACCUUCCACAAGGACAAGAAACAUUUCAUACUUUUCCUCUUUGGUUUCUUUUCAUCUCCUGCCCAAAGUGGCCUCCUCAUUCCUGUGGUUCUUCUUGUCAUUCUUGUAAAGCACUGUGUGUGUGCGCGUGCGCACGCGUCGUGUCAGUCGGUUCUUCAGUCUGUUUGUGCACUAACCACACUGGAGCUCGGACUAAGGCGAGGGAUUUUUUUUAAUUCUUCAUCUGUUUUCUAUUGGAUGGCUUUGUCUUCAUCACAGUUGACAAACACGACAUGCCCGUAAUGUUUAAUAUUUGUAUUAUUCACUGGGGUUACGUCACGCUCGCACCCACAUCCACAUCCAAAGUCUCAAACAGGUAAAAGCGUAGCUUGAUGCUCAACAUCCACCUUAAAAACUACUGGAAUUGAUGUUAGCGAUACCCAAGAAUCAGUCUUUUUAAACGUCGUUUGUGUUAUGUGCUAUUAACACCUUUUCAUGUUUUUAUUUGAUGUGUUUUGGACAUUCCUUGGAGGAGAGCUAUGCUACAUGCUAACUCACGUUUGCUACAGAUGAGACACAAACAUGAAAUAAGUCAAACCUUUUUUCUAUUAUUAUUAUUUUUUAUUGUUAUUAUGAUGAGCAUUUCAAGCUUUGUGUUGUUUCAUUUCUCCUUUAGUAUGCAUUAAUUGUACAUAGAAUGGUAGCAAUAAUGUUUAUUAAUAUAUGUUCUCUUUGCAUUUUUUUUUUAUCUCAUCUUUGAAUAAACACUACAAUGUGUCAAGCUCUA